AUGAAAGUUGAAUUUUACGUACGAGUCUCCGGAAAGGCUAAUUUUCAAGUUACGAAGCUCAAGCUGUCCACUGGGGCGGUGAGUGUUACUGUCAUUUCCGAGGAAGCUACCCAAACUAGUCCCUCCGAGUUCACGCCUCGCUCCAAGCCUUUCCGUCGAUUUACGCGUGUGGCUGGAAAAUUCCUUCCAACUGACGUACCACUUAAUGCAUCAUCCCUCACGAUUUGGAUCGACCCGCUUGAUGCAACCAAGGAGUAUAUAGAAGGAUUGACACAAUAUACGACCGUCAUGAUUGGCAUUGCCGUCGAUGGCACUCCAGUUGCUGGAAUUAUUCAUAAACCCUUCCUCGUUGAAACCGUUGUUGGCGUCAAUCUACCUGGAUUUAGCAAAUCUGUUCGUAUAGUUGGACAAAAAGCUCCCAACAGAAAGACGCCUCCAUACAAAAUCAUGCACUCACGAUCACAUGUUACUUUAGAUGCUGUGAAAUCUGCAUUUAAAGCAGUUUGCGAAAUUCCUGUCGUAUAUCGGACACCGACCCAGACAAAUGUCCGUAUCGGUCGGAGAUUUUAUACUGGCUGGGAAUACACUCCUGCUGGGGCUUUGGGACUUGUGUGCCCCAGCAGCUAUUCUUGCUGCCAGUGGAGGUGCUUUGCUCGACCUACAACUCAACGAAAUCGACUUCAGUAA